GAUGUGCUGAUGCUCGACUGUCGCUCGUUCAUAUUAACGCUUGGAUUUGAUUAUUCGUAUGUUUGUGAAUUAAAACAAGUGUUUUAUGAGUUUUCUUGAAUGAGUGUGUAUACAAAUGUUUCGGUAUUAGCCUACAGCAGCUUCCCAGUAGGCCGUGCGCGAAAUUUCAGUGAUAAAUGGCGUUUUUUAUGGUUUACAUGGAGGGUAUUCGUGUUUAUAAAUAUUGAUUUGUUGCACAUCGUGUUUUCUAACGUUUCUAUUGUGCCUUGAAACGUGAAGUGAAAUGUAGGUAACCUUAAAACGCAUCAAAUAUAAGAUACAAAAAUGCAUCAGUCUGUUAUUAGCGGUGGAGCGUCUUCGUAUGUGAAAAAUUUGAUUGUUUGAUUCGUGUUGUGUUUUGUGUUUUUCUGACAAUGGAGGGGACUACAGAGAAGGAUUGUUCCCCAUUAUGGAGUCUUUAUCAGCAGAUCGUCUCGGAUAUGAAGAACAGUACGCCGAUGUGGGAAGAGUUCAUAUCGAAAGCUACAAAACUACAUUCAGCUUUAAAGUCUGCGCUGGUCGCGAUAGCCGCUUUCUUGGAUGCCUUCCAGAAAAUCGCAGACGCAGCCACUAAUGCCAGAGGAGCGACCAAAGAAAUCGGCACAGCACUAACCAGAGUAUGCCUCAGACAUCGAGCCAUCGAGACUAGGAUGAAGACAUUCAUCAGCGCUCUCAUGGACACUUUAAUAACCCCCCUAUCUGAACGUGCCGAUGAAUGGCGUCGCGGAGGGUGCGCGACGGGCGCGCUCAGCCGCGAGCACGCGCGGGAGUGCAAGCGCGCGCGCGCAGAACUCCGGAGACGCGUGCACGAGGCGCAGAGGCACGCGAGGAAAGCGCGCAGGGCGCCGCCCGACGCGAAGAGGAAAGCUGAUGUCUGCAUGCAGGACAUACAAGAACGAAGGGAACAGUUGGAGGAGAUGGAAGAGAAGGCUGUGAAAGCGGCGCUGAUCGAGGAACGCAGUCGCUUCUGCCACUUCGUGUCGUUGCUCAACCCUGUGGUGGAGUCGGAAGUGGCAAUGCUAGCGGAAGUCGGCCAUUUACAAGAGGGCUCAGAACAGCUGUUGCGACACAUCGCCGAACCCAGGACCUUACCAGCUGCCAGUUUACAGGUGAUAUGCGACAUAAAGUCAUGCCACGUGGGCUGGGCGGAGUGCGGAUCAGCGCCGCAGUCUCCCACCGCGUCCCGCCUCGGCAGCAGAAAGUCAUCGUUCUCAUCCAUUUGUAGCACACAGCAUGAUGACCACGUAUCGGGGUCGACAGUGAGUUGUUCGACGCCCCUCUCCAGCGCUUCUUCGGCCGGGACCCUCCCGGGACCCGCCGGGAACAACGCCGCCUCACAGUCGUCCCCGCGUUUCCCGAGUGUGAGCAGCGCCGACUCUGGUUUCCGCUCCCAGGGCGCGCUGAUGAGGCGGUCGCUCUACGUUGACAAUGGUUUCGAUAACCAGAGCGUGAGCAGCGAGUGUUUGCCCGCGACACACUCCGAGCGCGGCGACGACCGGGACGGCAUCGGGAACGCAGCGUCGGCGACGUGGCCCGACCUGAAGGACACCGCGCAGUUCGAGCGCGCCGCCUGCGCCAUCAUGGCCGCGCGCCCGCACACCAUAUCCGCUGCGUACGAGCGCGGUCACCCGCGGCCCGCUUUGAGCGUGCACACUUUCGAUUCAGAAUCUAACGCGUCCUCAAUAUACGCACGGCCGCCGCUGCCUACCAGAUGCUCGUCCCUGGAACGACCUUCUAUUCCCACGAAAUCAACAAACGCUAACACGGGACAGUCCGAGUUCAAAUCCGCGAAACCAUCAUCAUUACCACCGCAUCUCACUAAAGACAUGCCACAAGCCCUGUACGUGAACAUGUCGGAGCUGGCCACAAUGGCGGCGACGCGUGCGCAGCAACAACAGCAGCAACAGCAACAUCAACAUCAACAUCAACAACACUCCGAUCACCCGCAACAGGAGAAAGUCUGCUCAGAAAGCAGUGCUAGCGAAUCGUCACUAGAAUCUUCUAGCGGCUACGGGAGCCAGGGUGCCUUCGCGGCGGAAGACCACGGCCAUCAGCACCAACUACAACAUGCUGACGUCGAAUCUGAGAUUGUGACUCUGAGGCGGGACAGUGACGCUUCCGUGGCGGCCGCUCGGGAGAGCUUCUCAAUAUCCCUCGGGAGCUUAGAGGAGGCCGUGAGGUCCUUGGACGAGGCGACAGAGUCCCCAUCUUUCGCGACUAUCGGGAAAAAACCGGCCGUGCCGAAACGCAGGCCGUUGUCUAUGAAUGCCACAGUUUGGUCGCGUCGCGGGUCGGCCAGCUCCCUGGGCAAACCGCCGCCGCCUGUGAGAAGGUCUUCGUCUAUAUCACGGUCCCAGCGACAACCUUACUCUCAGUGCAAUCCGCAAAGCCCUCAGCCGUGCGGUUCCGACGCGGACAACCUGCCGCCGCCGCCCGCCUUCCUGCUUCAGCCGGACACCGACCCGCCCGGCCACCAAAGCUCAGUAGCGGAAACAGUGAAGCAGCUAACAGAAUUGAAACACAUGCCCGCUUCACCCGGCUUGGUCCGUCGGAGCCUCCAGCACCUGACCAAUGCUAACCCGUCGCAAAACACAACGCAAACAUUGAGCACUUUCCAGCAGGCGAAAAUCAAUUUCUCUUCAAACACCAGCUUGAAUAAUACGGGGAAUUUGAACCCUAUUUACGGGCAGACAGGGCACAGGAUAAUGGCGUACGUGGAGAAUUCUGUGUACGUGAGAAAGAACAGCCUUAAUAGUUCCAAUUCGGAUUUGUACAAGGAUGGGAAUUCAGCGGGUUCUCCACACGGCUCAAGCCCCUCCACUCCGAGUUGCGGGGAGAACAAUUCGUUCAGCAGUUUCGGACCCAGGGUCCCAAGUGAAUCGCAUUACGGACAGACUGGCUUUAAACAACAACACGAGAAGAAAUACGGGCAGAGCACCACCAUAUACGCGCAGCCCGCGGCGGGGGCGGCGCUGAGCCCGCGCGCGCUGCGCCGGAGCAUCGCCGCGCGCGCGCACAGCGCCGACCGGCACCACGACCAGGGCGGUCUGAUCGCGAGUUUGAGCGCGAAACUAGCGCCGCAGUUGUCGCCGCGCACCGCUCGCAGGGCGAUAUCCACGAUCACUACCGCCGAUUCACCGCCGAAGAAUAAAGGUUCCCUCCCCGCCGUGGUACAACCAGCGUUCCUGGACAAACUGUCCGCGACGAUACAGCUGCAGAAGAGGCAGUUGGAUUCCUCGGGCACCCGGGCGAAUAAUGUUAGGGACAUGAUCAAUGCUCAUGCUCAGCCCGAUCCGCGAGUGUGCCACACUUCCCUGAUGGAACAAAUAAAGAGGGGUGCUACGUUACGACGCAACAAACAUUGCAACGACCGAUCGGCGCCUAAAAUACGUUAAAAAAAAAAACAAAAAAAAAUGUAAAAUAUUUUUUUUUUGGUGUUGAUUGUAGGGUUCGUUAUUCAAAGUUACAAUUAAACUUUAUUACAAUUUAAAGUGACCUGUCGAUAAAUAUCUUUAAAAAAAAAUAACACAAUGUUUCAGUCUUGAUCGAUCUGUCAUCGGCCAUUUUGUAAUGCUGUCUCUUUUUGAUAAUACCAGUAAGAUAAGGAUCGGGAUACCAUAAUUUCGUUUUCCUAAUCUUUUUUGUUUGAAUUGUAAUUAUUAUAUCACGAAACUGUUAUUUUAUAUUAUUAAUGACAUCGGAAGGGGUGUCUGUAUAAUAAAAUAAUUACUGUUUACUUAUCACUUCAAAUAGUUAUUGUAAAAAUCAGUCUCUUAUAUAUUUCUAUAAUUUGGAAUUAUUAUUUUGACUGGUAUUCACAAGACCAUAAUAAUUGAUAAAUUUUUAAUUGUACAUUGAAUUUUU